GACCGAGAAUGUUGGAAACUGAACACCAGAAAGUCAUUCUGGAGUGAGGGGAGGCUGGAUCGGCGAGAGUGCGACGCAUUCAUCAGCUGUGCGCUUGGAGUCUCAGGUUGUGCUGUGAAGCCGCUGAUAGACAGAGGCGUAUUAUUCACUGACACAAGGGGAAACCACAUUUUGCAUGCGGCGUUAUCGAUUCUGCGGGCCCAGAGACUACGGAAAGACUGGAGGAAUAAAGUUUGGGGAGCGCAAAGCGCAGCGCACAGUUCUUUUGGAGUUGAAUGUGUGAGCCCAGUCCACCUGCUCUACAUCCCCACGCCAAGGGCAAUGUGACCAUGGUGGGUGUUGGUAUCAAGCUUGAAGACGACGAAUCAGGAGGUCGAGUCGUCAGCCGAGAAUCCCAGCAGUCAUCUCCCAUCAGCGAAUGGUCAGUUCGGCACCCGUCGGACAGAGACGACUCUGAGAAGUCAGCGCCCCCAAAUGCACAAUCUCCUUUGGAGAGAUCUCCCAGUAAAGAACCCGUACGGUCAUACACACCUGCCAGUCAAGAUGGAGGCAGCAGAGCUCAUGAUAAGACUGACAGCAAGCCUAAUGUCAGUGAGGUGAUGCCCACUAUUGAAAAGCUUCUGAAUACGGACUGGAAAGAGAAGUUCCUUGGGAAGGGUCUUCAGGGAAGUGUCAACCUAAAAGGAACCCCGGAGAGUCUGGCAGAGAAGGAGCUUCAGUUGUUGUUGAUGAUAAACCAGCUCUCUGGUCUGCGAGAGCAGCUGCUAGGAGCUCAUUCUGAGCAGAGGAACAUGGCCGCUCUGCUGCUGGAGAAACAGCAGCAACAGAUGGAACUGGCAAGGCAGCAGCAAGAACAGAUCGCCAAACAGCAGCAGCAGUUGAUACAGCAGCAGCAUAAAAUCAACUUACUGCAGCAGCAAAUUCAGCAGGUAAACAUGCCGUAUGUUAUGAUCCCUGCCUUUCAUCCCAACGCCCAACCGUUGCCAGUCACCUCUGAGGCUCAGAUGGGUUUGCCUCUGCAGCCCAUUCCUUGCAAACCAGUGGAAUAUCCCAUGCCGCUGCUGCCCAAUCCACACUCCACCCCAGUUAAAAGGUCCAGUGGUACAGUCUUUCGCCAGGUACCAUUUCGCAAGGACACCAGUCAGCCUCUCAACCUCACGGCUAAACCCAAGACCCCAAGUCCCCAGGCACUGGAAAUGGCCCAUUUGCAGACAGGGUACCGACCCAGAGAUCUGCCGCACAGCCCUCCUCGAUCUGCCCUCAGCCUGAGCUUCUUGGGAGAGGGUGACGUUGUGACACAAGCCAUUCACGAUGCCCAGCAGCUGUUGCGUGGAGGACAAGGCCCUACGGGCCGAGAGAGGGACCGUGAGAGGGACAACAGCUCAAGGCUGGAGGCGUCUCGAGAACGGAUGGAUGACGGACAGUCCCUGCGGACGAAUGAGGACCACCUCAGCAGUGACUCUGAGGGGCAGAUGGCGAUCUCUGGUGUGGGAAGUUUCGGUGAAUCCCGGACUCCCUCCUCUGGCCACAUCAAACGUCCCAUGAACGCCUUCAUGGUGUGGGCCAAAGACGAAAGACGACGUAUCCUGCAGGCUUUCCCUGACAUGCACAACUCCAGUAUCAGCAAGAUCCUCGGUUCCCGGUGGAAGUCCAUGUCCAAUCAGGAGAAGCAGCCGUACUACGAAGAGCAGGCCCGAUUGAGUCGGCAGCACCUGGAACGUUACCCAGACUACAAGUACAAACCCCGGCCGAAGCGGACCUGUAUUGUAGAGGGCAGACGACUGCGGGUCGGCGAGUACAAGGCCAUGAUGAAGAGUCGACGACAGGAGCAACGAGUAACUUACCCUCCAAGCCAAUCAGAGCAGCAGCUACCGUACCCCCCCAGUGAAUCACAGUAUCCGACCACGCCGGUGUCAAUGGCCCAAUUGUCCAUGCACCCUGCUCUCCUGGAGCACUAUCUUCCCCGGGGUCUGGAGCCCCCGAAAGGUCAAAGCAGCGAGAUGCGGGAGGCCGCCCGGCCCAGACAGCCCUACAGCGAAGGCGAGGAAAGUGACGCGGGUGAACGCAGUGAGGGAGAGCUGGUUGUCCUCACUGACUGAGACAGAACGGGGAAAGAAUCGGAGGACAGAAGGUGGAAAAUGCGAUAAAGGUGGAGAAAAUAAUUGGGAGAUUUAGAAAUCCCUAUCUUCAACAUAACAGUGUCCAAUAAAUGGUAUAGGUCAGUGUUUUCAAGUCUAGUUGUGAGGAUGUCCUGGUUUCAAAUCCACCAGAUCGGUCACAUAGUUCUGUAGGAAGGCAGCAGACAUGACAAACGAAGCACAGAUCAUAACUUUUCCGAUUUUUCCAGAGGUCAUCCAGGAUAGGUUUUACAUACUGACCACAGCUUGGGAAAAGCAAGACUUUUUCAAACAGACUGCACAUCUUAAAGAGUUUUGAAGGCAUUGUGAGGCUGGUGUGCGAAAAUAGUUUUUACAUCAAAUGCACAUUUUAUGAAGUAAAUGUUAUCUGCGAAGUGCAAAGAAAUUGCAGUGGGCUUUUCUAGAAAGGGUACAUACAGAUGAGUAUAUCCACUUCUGGCUUAUCUAAAAAAGUUCCACAUUUGACAUCGUCAAAUGAUUGGUGAUUAUAGGAAGGAAGAGUUUAACCAAAAAUGAAAAGGAGUUUAGACUGAGUAAACAUUGGAUAAAAAAAUUUUUUUUUGGAUGAACUGUUUCUUUAAAUAGUCAAUGCAUGGAGAGCUCUGAAACAUUUUGCCAUCACACACACACAAAAAAAAAAAAAAAAAAAAAAAAAAAAAAAAAAAAAGCUUAAGCCUCUCUGUGUUAUAACGCUUCUUGAUGUCACCAGGGUUUUCCUGCAAAAGUUCCUGUUAAGACUGUGCCAAGGUACUUUCCAGAGCUCAAGGGCUGAGCAAAAAAAAAACGAAAAAGAAAACAAGUGGACUUGGAAAAAGGAAGGAACAUUCCUGAACUCCUUGUCCAGUUUAUUAUAUCAGAUAAUGACGAUUAGAGGCUGUUCUGUUACAGAGAUUUAAGCAGCCUGCCCCUUUAAGGACAGUGAAGGACUCUUUCUUAGGGUUGAUGGCGUCCUCUGCUGUUUGAAUCUGGGUACUGCACUUAAAUUAUUCCCCUAGGUCAAAAUCAUGUUUUAGUUUCUUUUGAUUUAGUGCAGAAUAAUCACUUGAAAUGCACUUUCCCCAUCUAAUAUAUUUUUUUUUCAGAACCCUCGCGAUUCUUAAUAGAACUUUUUUUUUUUUUUUUCUGAGAGUAGAAUUUUGCACUUGAUGUACAUAUGCAAAUGAUUUCUACUGUUCAUUUUCUGAAAGGAGAUGUGAAUAAUGAAUGCCCUUCCCCUUAAAUUGCUCCCAUUUUUAACAUUUUGGUUUACUUUUCUAUUUUAGUGUGUGUGUAUAGAGUGAGUUUGUGCUGAAGUUAUCAUUCCAGCAGUUCUUAUGACCGGGUCCAUAUUGUUGGGCUGCUAGUCAAUUUACAGUUGAGCUGAAAUGUAAACAUUUUGUUAAAAAUUAUAAACAUUUAUAUUUUAAAGAGAAGAUUUUAGAAGAUAAUUGCCACUGUUGGACUGUUGUGAUAAACCUAACAUGUUAAGGAAAUGACAUGUAUAUAGCUGGAUACAAAAAUAUACAGUUUGUAUUUUAUCUGUAAAACGAACCUGAGAAAAUGGGGAGAGAAAAAAACAUGAUACGCAAUCUGGACAACUGUUGCAAAACCAGCUGUUGUAAAAUAUAGAUAUAGACUUUAUUUUGUUUAUAAAAGUGUAUAAUUUAAAGGUGUACAUGUUUUUUUCUGUAUGUUGCAUUUUUCCAAGCAAGUUUUGUGGUUUUUGAAGCAUAAAUAAAAAUGUUAUGUUUA